AUGGCGAACCUGGAAGGAGCGACCAAGACAUCAAAGCGAAGCCGCCGUUCUACCAAGAAGGCCGUCGCCCAGGCCGGUGCUCAGCCUGUCACCCUGUCCGUAGCCCAGCCAAUCGCACAGCCGGACACGGGGCCCGACGCUCAGCCUGACACCCUGCGCGACGCCCAGCCCGACGCCAAGCUCAACGACCAGCCCGACGCCCACCCCGGUGUCCGGCCCGAUGCCCAGCGCGGCGCCCAGCCCGACACCCAGCCAACAAUCCUGCCAAUGUCCCCAGACGGCCCCCAAGAGCCCGGUGCCACCACGGCCACAACUUCCACGGUAAUGACUUCUCCACUGGACCAUAUCCUCAUUUUCGGCCAUGGCCGCUUCCAGUGGAUCGUCCUUCUUUACACCGCGCUCGCGUACUUCACAACCAUCUCGCAUAGCAUGGCCACCGCCGGCCUGGCGCGUCCAAUCGAUCACUGGUGCAGGCUUCCUCCUGAGUACUCCGGCAUUCCAGAGGCGACGUGGAAGAACAGCAACAUUCCGUUUGAGGCUGAUGGCAAGACACGCAGUGAAUGUCUGCGGUACGAACCACCAUACUCCAUGACGGAAGAGCAAGGCGCUGAAAACCGCACAGUCAUUUCCUGCGACGCAGGCUGGGACUACGACAAGGCAGCAGAGGCGGACGUUGGCGUAUAUUCCAUCGUCAACCAGUGGGACCUAGUCUGCGAGCGCCGCUGGAUAAUGGCCUUGCUGAUGGCGUUAUACAUGUCGGGAGGUGUGCUGGGAGCUGCGAUAGCGGGAAUCAGUGCCGACACCGUCGGACGCCGUCCCGUGCUGCGCAUCUCGAUUUUUGUACUUGCAUUAGCCGGCGUUACGCUUACUUUCUCCGGGACUCUCGCAAUGUUCGCCACAUUGCGCACCGUCAUAUCCGCAGCAGCCUCCAGCAUCGUUGUCACAUCCGUUGUGAUCCUCUUUGAGGUCACUGACACACCACAUCGAGCCCUUUUCAGCACCCUUGCAGUAGCUGCCGCCUCACUCACAGCAGUAGUCUACGGCGAGCUUGUCAACCAACUGGCCCCAAGUUGGCAGCUCGCCCAGAUCGCUUACAUGGCGCCCACCAGCAUCCUGAUAGCGGCGGUCUACUGGAUGGAAGAGUCCCCCUGCUGGCUUCUGGCCGUCUCUAACAUGCGGCGCGCGGAGAGCGUGCUGUGCUGGGCGGCACGAGUGAACAAGGUUGAGCCAGAGGUGUUCAAGACGCGUCUGUCUGGGCUGAGGAUGGAACUCAAGAGGCAGCAAGAACAGCCUGAACCGGGGGCACCAGAAAUCUUUACUCAGGAACAUGGUUUGUGCUGA